AGGCGUCGUCUAUGCGCGGACGCCACUACACUUGGAGUUCACGCCACUGAAACCCAGAAAGCCAACAUUUGCACACGAAGUAAUGCACUACUACGCAAGAUCGAGUCGUGGACGACAAUCCAGACACCAUACAUGCCUGCAGUUGCCUUACUUCGCUCAGCACCAGAGCUCACGCGAGGGGCAAGUAACGAUGCAGACAAACCAGAAAAUUUACUGCUCUGGCUCCCUUCCUCGCUAGGUACAGAAUAUUCCUGCGACCGCAAGCUGCAAGAGCUCGAAUGGGAACUCCGCUUUGCCCAAGCACACGAUGCCUUAAAUGAAGUGCGUUAG